CUUCGCUUCAAUCCACGUCCCAAUAAACCGCAAGAUUUAUUUUUAUUUAAUAACUAAUAAUAUUUCUUCAAUUAAUUUUAUAAUUGUUAUUAUUAAAGUUAAUUAUUUAAAUUCUAAACAAUUUUUAUUUGUUGACUUUAAGUUUAUAAAAAAAAAAAUAAAUAAAAUUCCCUAAGCUUGCGCACUUGGUAUCCAACGCAAACACGCAGGAUUAAACUUUAUCCCUGUCAUCAUAAUUUAUAAUAAAAAGUCGGGAAAAAGCCGAGCACGGGGCGGCUCCUUGCUAUGCCGGUACAUAAAUUUUACAAAUAACUCAGUUAUUUUUUUUUAAUACUAUUAUUAAAUUACAUGCUAUUAAAAGUUAACAAUUUUAAAGUGAGUGAUAACUCUGGAUUUAAUUAAAUAUUAAAUCUUGUCACAAUGGUGACAGAUAAUACUAACCAGACGGACGAUACGACAGCAUUUCUUCGAGCUGCGAGGUCGGGAAAUUUGGAAAAAGUUAUUGAGUAUCUCGAUUUGAACCUCGAUAUCAAUACAUCAAACUCGAAUGGGUUGAAUGCGUUACAUUUGGCGUCGAAGGAUGGACACGUUGAAAUAGUGACAGAAUUAUUAAAAAGAGGAGCUAAGGUUGAUUCUGCUACAAAAAAAGGCAACACUGCUUUACACAUUGCUUCAUUAGCUGGACAAGUUGAGGUUGUAAAUAUUUUAUUACAAUAUGGAGCGGCGGUUAAUACACAAUCUCAAAAUGGAUUCACUCCUCUGUACAUGGCAGCUCAAGAAAAUCACGACCAAGUUGUUAAAUUAUUACUUACGAAUGGUGCAAAUCAAAGCUUAGCAACUGAAGAUGGAUUUACACCGCUUGCUGUCGCAAUGCAGCAGGGACACGAUAAAGUAGUAAGUGUCUUACUAGAAAACGAUUCGAAAGGUAAAGUUAGAUUACCGGCGUUGCAUAUUGCCGCUAAAAAAGACGACUGUAAAGCUGCCGAUUUACUUCUUCAGAAUGAUCAUAAACCUGAUGUGACUUCUAAGAGUGGUUUCACACCACUUCACAUUGCGGCUCACUAUGGUAACGAAGAAAUAGGACGUUUAUUAAUAAAACGAGGAGCUGAUGUCAAUUAUUUAGCCAAGCACAAUAUAAGCCCAUUGCAUGUAGCAGCAAAAUGGGGGAAAAACAAUAUGGUAAAGUUAUUAUUAGAAAACUCAGCCAUGAUCGAAGCAAAAACACGGGACGGUUUGACUCCACUUCACUGUGCUGCUAGAUCUGGUCAUGAAGAAGUUGUUUCAACGCUUCUUGAACAUUCUGCGCCGAUUAGUGCGCGUACCAAGAAUGGACUGGCGCCACUUCACAUGGCAUCGCAAGGUGACCAUGUCGACGCAGCACGUGUAUUGCUUUAUCACCGCGCUCCAGUUGAUGAAGUUACCAUUGAUUACCUAACUUCACUUCAUGUAGCAGCACACUGCGGUCAUGUAAGAGUCGCUAAAUUACUUCUUGACAGAAAAGCUGAUCCAAAUGCAAGAGCGCUGAAUGGCUUCACUCCAUUACACAUUGCGUGUAAGAAAAAUCGUAUCAAGGUUGUGGAACUGUUAUUGAAACACGGCGCGUCUAUUGAAUCAACUACAGAAUCCGGAUUAACACCUCUGCAUGUGGCCAGCUUCAUGGGAUGCAUGAACAUCGUCAUAUUUCUUCUUCAACACGAAGCUAAUCCUGACGUACCAACUGUCAGAGGAGAGACACCGCUUCAUUUAGCAGCUCGAGCCAAUCAAACUGAUAUUAUAAGGAUAUUACUUCGGAAUGGGGCUAAAGUUGAUGCUCGCGCAAGGGAGGAGCAAACCCCCUUGCAUAUAGCUUCAAGAUUAGGCAAUGUUGACAUCGUGAUGCUUCUUCUUCAACAUGGUGCUUCGGUCGAUACUACGACAAAAGACAUGUAUACUGCUCUUCAUAUCGCGGCUAAGGAAGGUCAAGAAGAGGUCGCAGCAAUUCUUGUUGAAAAUCAUGCGUCAGUAAAAGCUUUGACCAAAAAUGGAUUUACACCAUUACAUAUUGCUGCUAAAUAUGGUAAUGUGAAUGUAGCUAAAAUUUUAUUACAAAAAGACAGUAAACUCGACUCACAAGGCAAGAAUGACAUAACACCACUGCACCUCGCUUGUCACUACGAUCAUUCCAAUGUAGCAAACAUGAUCCUAGAAAAAGGAGCAUCACCAAACCUAGCGUCUCAAAACGGACAUACGCCGUUGCAUAUCGCAGCUCGGAAGAAUCAAAUGGACAUUGCAUCAACAUUACUGGAGCACGGAGCAGAUCCCAAUGCACAAUCCAAAGCCGGAUUUACACCACUUCAACUGAGUGCCCAAAAAGGGCAUUAUGAUAUGACCAAUUUGUUAAUUGAACAUGGUGCUGACCCGAACCACAAAUCCAAGAAUGGUCUGACCGCAUUACACCUCUGCGCUCAAGAAGAUUCCAUUCGUGUCGCAUCUAUUUUAGUGAAAAAUGGUGCUAACGUCGAGAGCCAAACGGAGUCUGGUUACCGGCCGAUUCACGUCGCCUCACACUUUGGAAACUUGUCGAUGAUUAGAUUUCUUCUUAAGCACAAUGCACAAAUUGAUGUACGGACUAGUCAUAAUUAUACUCCGUUGCAUCAAGCCGCUCAGCAAGGACAUGCACACAUUGUCACUGCGCUCUUAGAAGGAAAUGCGUCUCACAAUGCUAAAACAACUGAUGGAUUAACUGCAUUGAACAUUGCACAAAAAUUGGGGUACAUUUCAGUGAUGGAAGUUCUCAAAGGGUUAGAUUACGACACGCAGACUCCCGACAACAAAACGUGGGAAGAAAAGUACAAAGUUAUUGCUCCAGAGAGUCUGCAAGAAACUUGUUUUAUGUCAGACUCCGAUGACGAAGGAGUUUCAGAUGGCUUAACUAACGAGCAGCCGUACAGAUACUUAACAGCAGACAUAAUGAAGAGUUUACGCGACGAUUCGUUGCCUAUCGACGUAACGCGUGAUGACCCAAUUCAUCGGCAAUUAUCUCACGAAGAAAAACAAGAAUUUACUCAGAGUAAUAAUUAUUGCCCGCCGGAAAAUUUCGAUUCGACUGAUGCAAUUAACGUUGGAAGACUGCAUUUUAGAUCAUUUUUAGUAAGUUUUCUGGUAGACGCGCGUGGAGGAACUAUGAAAGGUUGUCGUCACAGUGGAAUACGAAUUAUAGUACCUCCAGGAAGAGCUACUAUGCCAAUUCGCGUAACUUGUAGGCUUUUGAAACCUAGUAAAGUUGCGAAUCCUCCGGCGUUAAUGGAAGGCGAAGCUCUGGCGACGCGUAUCAUUGAAAUGGGUCCUGUUGGUGCUACAUUUUUAGGACCAGUUUUAAUAGACAUUCCGCAUUUCGCAUCAAUAGAAGGCAAAGAACGUGAAAUAAUAAUAAUGCGAAGUGAAAACGGCGAAACAUGGAAGGAACACGACAAUUCACGGGACAAUGACGAUACACUUUUUAACACAGCUCACGACACGCAAAUGAGCAGUUCGCACCCUGGACGAAUAACUCGAAUAAUAACAACCGAGUUUCCUCAAUAUUUUGCAAUUAUAACCAGAAUAAAGCAAGAAGUACAUGUAAUCGGUGCUGACGGUGGUAUACUAAUUUCAAGUGUCGCUAAUCAUGUUCAAGCCGUUUUUCCACCUGGUGCUCUCACUAAAAAAAUCAAAGUCGGAUUACAGGCUCACGUGAUACCAGCUGAAUUGACUGCCAAAUUACUUGGAAAUUGUGUAGCAGUGUCACCAGUAAUUACCAUCGAGCCAAGAAGACGAAAAUUCCAUAAACCAAUAACACUGACUAUACCAGUGCCUCAAGCCGCUAAUAAAGGGAUGAUUAAUGAAUACGGGGGUGAAACACCGACUUUACGUUUACUUUGUAGUAUUGCUGGUGGAACUAGCGAAGCUCAAUGGGAAGAUGUGACAGGAUCAACUCCUCUGACAUUUUUAAACAAUCGUGUGUCUUUUACUACAACUGUUUCUGCAAGAUUCUGGCUGAUGGAUUGUAGGAACAUCAGUGAAGUUCCUAAAAUGGCCACGGAUCUUUAUAAAGAGUCACUUUUUGUACCAUUUAUUACCAAUUUCGUUAUUUAUUCAAAACGAUUUGAUGUCGUGGAAGCUACACUGCGUAUAUUAUGCAUGACUGACGGUAAAGAUGGCUUACACACUCUGGAAAAACAAGAAGAAUUUUUGGAAAUAGUAAAAAGUCGCGAUGUUGAAGCCUUGGAUGGUAAAGAUUUGUACUUAGAAUUUAGCGGUAAUCUUGUACCUGUUACAAAAUCCGGCCAACAGCUCAAAUUUACAUUCAAAGCAUUCCGUCAAAACAGGCUGUCAUUUCACGUUAAAGUUAAGGAUCAACUUUUGGAUCCUGUUGCGCGCAUGAUGUUUAUGCGAGAGCCAAAAGUUGCCAAGGGUGAAAUCGCACAACAACCUAUUUGCAUUUUAAAUAUUGUUUUACCUGAACCAACAGUACCAAAAACGCCAUCGAAUUCUAAAUUAAAAGAGUUAGAAUACGAUUUCAUUAGUAAAAUGGAUAUUUAUAAAACAACAUACAUGAGAGACUAUGGAGAAAAACGUGAUUUACCAAAGCCAACAUCACCCACACAACAAAAAUUAAUUAGUGACAUUUUAGAUAAAAAACAAUCAGAUGCCGAAAUAAAUGAAUCCUUAGCACAAAAAGUGGCUUGUCCCUUAGAAUCCGUAGACGGUAGUUAUCCUAACAAUAUUAAUGAUAGUAAUAUUAACGAUAAAGAAGAAUUACUAUCCCCGAAUUUAGAGAAGCAAACCUACUCGGAAAAACGUAAAUUCUGGGAAGAUAUUACAAGAAAGCGCGACAGUUAUCAGCGAUCUGAAUCUGAAAUUUCGAGAGCUUCUCAAAUUACUAUUAAUGAGAGCGAUAGUGAUUAUCUUCAGAACCCUAUUUCAGAAGAAGAAAUGGACAAUAUGUUUGACAGUGCAAUGCGGUCGGAAACUAUGGAAGAUUUGAAUAUUCCGGAUAUGUCCGAGUGUUCAGUUGCGGAAAAAGCUCAUUAUUUUGAGGAACAAAUUCAAAAGGAAAUUACUGCCACUAGUGUUUCAAGGCCGCUUUCGAAAUUAAUGUCUCAGGAAUCUUUGCCAAGGGAUAAAAGAUUUUCUACGGAUAGUUCUGUUUGUGAACAGUUUAAAGAUAAAGAUUUGAGUCCUGAAGUUAAGAAAGUUGAGCAAGAUGAUGGGAAAAAUUUGGUUGGUAAAGUAGAUCAAGAGAAGAGUGAAGAUAAGUUACCGAUCGACGGUACUGGUAAAGAAGAAAUGAUAAAGGAACAAAGUGAUUUAAAGGUAGGUAGAUUGGAAGCUGAAGAAAGUAAUGAAAGAGAUUUGAAAGAAGAAAAAGGGGUUAAGGGUGAAGAAAAGUUACCGACUGAAGGUAUCGGUAAGAAAGAAGCGAUAAAGAAACAAGGUGAUUUGAAGUUAGGUACUUUAGAAGCUAUAGAAAGUUAUGACAGAGGUUUGCAAGAAGAAAAAGAGGUUAGGAGGGAAGAUAAGUUACCGACUGAUAAAGAAGGAAUGAAGCAUGAAGAUAAUUUGAGGUUAGAAACAAUUAAAACUGUAGAAAUUCAUGAAAAAGUGGUGGAAGAAGAACAAGAGGUUAAGGUUAUUGAUAAUUUGGUUGGUAAACAUGUCAAAGAAGAAAAGAGUGAAGAUAAAUUAGCGACUGAUAAAGAAGAAAUAAAGAAACAAGAUAAUCUGAGGUUAGAAACAAUAAAAACUGUAGAAAUUCAUGAAAAGGUAUUGAAAGAAGAAAAAGAAGUUAAGGUUACUCAUAAAGAUGAUAAAGAAAAAAUUGAGAAGGAAGAUAAGUUACCGACUGAGGUUACUGGUAAGAAAGAAGAAGAAAAGGAACAGGACUUGAGGUUAGAAACAUUGAAAAAUGUCGAAAGUACUGAUAGAGUUUUGAGAGAAGAAAAAGAGGUUAAAAUUGCUGAUAAUUUGGUUGGUAAAUAUGGUCAAGAAGAUAUUAAGUUACCGACUGAUAAAGAAGAAAUUAAGGAUCAAGGUCCUUUGAGGUUAGAAACAAUAAAAACUGAAGAAAGUUAUGGCAAAGUAGUAAAAGAAGAACAAGUGGUUAAAAUUACUGACAAUUUGGUGGGUAAACAUGAUCAGGAAGAAAAGAGUGAAGAUAAAUUAGCGACCGAUACAGAAGAAAUGAAGAAACAAGGUACUUUGAGGUUAGAAACAAUAAAAACUGAAGAAAGUUAUGACAAAAUUGUAAAAGAAGAACAAGAGGUUAAAAUUACUGAUAAUUUGGUGGAUAAACAUGAUCAGGAAGAAAAGAGAAAAGAUAAAUUACCGACUGAUAAAGAAGAAAUGAAGCAACAGGAUAAUUUGAGGUUAGAAACAAUAAAAACUGUAGAAAUUCAUGAAAAAGUAUUAAAAGAAGAAAAAGAAGUUAAGGUUACUCAUAAAGAUGAUAAAGAAAAAAUUGAGAAGGAAGAUAAGUUACCGACUGAGGUUACUGGUAAGAAAGAAGAAGAAAAGGAACAGGACUUGAGGUUAGAAACAUUGAAAAAUGUCGAAAGUACUGAUAGAGUUUUGAGAGAAGAAAAAGAGGUUAAAACUGCUCAUAAAGAUGAUCAAGAAAAAAUUAAAAGUGAAGAUAAGGUACCGAUUGAGGUUACUGGUAAGAAAGAAGAAGAAACAGCACAAGAUCAUUUGAGGUUAGAAACAGUUAAAAUUGUAGAAAGUCAUGAAAAAGUAUUAAUGAAAGAACAAGAGGUUAAAAUUACUGAUAAUUUGGUUGGUAAGCAUGAUCAAGAACAAAAGAGUGAAGAUAAAUUAAUGACUGAUAAAGAAGAAAUAAUUCAACAAGAUAAUUUGAGGUUAGAAACGAUUAAAACUGUAGAAAGUCAUAAAAAAGUGUUAAUAGAAGAAAAAGAAGUUAAGAUUGCUCAUAAAGGUGAUGAAGAAAAAGUUGAAAGUGAAGAUAAGUUACCGACUGAAUUUAGCAGUAACAAGGAAAAAAUAGAAGAAGAUAUUGAAACUGUAGAAAGUACUGACAUAUUAAAAGAAAAAGAGGUUAAGAUUGCGGAUCAAUUAAUUGGCCAUAAAGAAGAAAUGAAGAGUGAAGAUAAGUUGGUUGGUGAUAAAGAAGAAUUGAAAGAACAAGAUGAUUUCAAGUUAAAAACAACGAAAACUGAAGAAAGUAUUGAAAGAUUGUUAACAGAAAAAGAGGUUAAGAAGAUUACAGAAACAAGUAAAGAGGAUGAAAGUUUAAGCAUAAAAACAGAAGAAAGUAAAGAAAGUGAUGUAGAGAGCAAAAAAGAAACCAAGGUGACGAUAGACGAUCUAGUAGAACAACAUGUAAAGCCUGAAGUCCUACAAGUGUCUGACGCUAAACCGUCUUUAAUUCCAAGGAAAAUAAAAUCCGAGGUAACUACUACAACAUCGAUUGAACCCGAUAAGGUCAAGACCGUGGAAAAAAAGGUAGUAUCGAUUGAAGAAACUCGAGUUAUUGCUGAUGAUUCUAUUAACACUAAGCAGAUUUGUCGGGAGUUUAUUGAUUCUGAGGUUAAGUUAACUUAUCAAGGUUCUGAUGCAACUAAAGUGAGUCCCGAGGAGAAAGUUUCUAAAAUUCCGACUAAAAUAAAGGUUGAUAGUUUUGUAGACGUCGAUAAGGACAAAGAAAAUGGGAAGAAAGAGUCCAAGAUUCCAGUGUUUGGUUCCAAGGAAGCGAACAAAGGUAAGGUGAAAGAAGAAGACCUGAAGGAUACUGAGGACAAGAAGAAGAAGUCUGGAAUUCCAAAGCGUAUAGAGACGAGCAAAUUUGAAAAAUUCCCGCUCAAAGAUGAUGUGGUUAUGAUGGAGACAAAGGUAACGGAAAAAGUGUCCCAGCGAAUAGAAACUCACACUUCAGAGCGUGAAAUUCAUUCCCAGACCAUCACAAAGACGUUUACGGACCCUGAGGAAGCACUAAGAGCCUUUGAAGGUGCUGAAGCGCUCCACGAACCGGAUACUCUGGUGACUACCUCAAAAGUAGACCACGAAAAACUGGUUACAGUUGAGAAGAAAGAGGUUAAGUCUUCGGAGCUAGUCUUUGGGGAUGAAAAGACGGUAAAACACGAGGAGAAAGAAAGAGAAUUGAAGGAGAAGUCUUCUGAGUCAACAGUUACCACUGAAACGCAAGAAGAAACCGUGGAAGAUAAGACGCUGAAGCACGAGACUGCUGACAAGAGCACAAUUCAGGAUAUCGAAGUGAAUCUUGCGGGUGGAAAGCAAAUUGUUGAUGCUAGAGCUUCGCAGGAAUUGAAAUCGCUGAAGGAUCAGAUGAAUAUUCACAAAAUUGAAGAUGAUGAUGGAGUUGUGAUCCAAGAGGCUGGAAUUAAGACUCUAAAGGAGCAUGCAAUUGAUACUGCAGUUAGAAUUGAGAAGGAUAGGUCCAAUGAUAUGGAGGAUAUGUCCAGUUUAGGAAGAAGCUUGGAGGAUGAGCUGAAAGCUGCUGUAAUUCAUGAACAGACUCAUGAGGAGUCGUCUAGACAUUCUGAUACUAAAGUAUUCCCUUCUAGAGAAACUACUGAAGAUAUCUCCCGGGAUGAAGCUUUUGGUGAAGAGUUCAAUGAUGAUUCUGAAGGGGAUGAAGCUUCGGAGAUAGAAGCUAGGGAUAUUGCGGAAAAUUUGGUCCAGUCGAUAGAAGAUGAAUUGGUAAAGAGAUCUGAGAGUUCUAGUGGUUUAAAAAUGAGUUAUGAGUUUGAUAAUGUGACUGAGACUGACGAAGACUUUGAUGAACAUCUAGCUGAUGAUUUGACGAAGAAGUUUGAGAAUAUUAUGGGAAAGAGGAAGGAGAGCCAGGUUCAGGUGAUUGAAAGCUUAGAUCAGAUUAGAGCGACUUUUAUAGGGCACAAUGAAAGGUUGGAUAAAGAUUCUACCCGCGGAAGCUUGAGUAUUGAGGAAGACUUGACCAAGGAUGAAGAUUCGACGCCUCAUGAUAGGGAAGAAAGCUUCUUGUUUUCGUCCUCGCAGAAGAUUAUGGAGCGGGAUAUUACGAUGAGUCCCAGUAGUAUUUCUGAGCAGAUUGAUCUAGAGUCUUUGAGUUCGGGAAAACAAGCUGGGCAGAGUCCUAUGCCAGUUGUGGAGUAUCCGGAGGAGCUUAAGGUUGUCGAAGAGUACUUUGAGCAGCCUGAUGAGUAUGUUUCUCCGAUAAAGUUUGGGUAUGAAAGCACUGGUGCUAGAGUUUUGGAGAUCAUAGAGCCUAGUGGUGAUCUAAGGAGGGGGUCUAGGCAAGACUCGGUGGAUGUUUCUUCUUUGGAGAUUGACGAGCUUAGAUUUGAGGAUGAUGAGGAAGAACACUCGUUAGAUGAGAAGUAUAUGAAGAAUCUGGAGUUUGCUAAGUUACACGAGAGCCCUGGGAUGGAAGCUUUGGAUAAAAUCGGCCAGGAAAGAGAUCUGACGUUUAGUCCCAGUUCUAUGUCGGAUUCUUCUCUGGUUCCUGAACGCAGUUUGAGCCCUAAGGCUAAGAGUGGGAUUGAAAGCGAAGAUGGAGGGUUUUCUUCAAUGGAGCCUGAACGGACGGAAGUGGAAAAGGUCUCUAGGUUGGAUACUAAGAGCAUUGAUCGGGAUUUGAAACCUGCGGUCGUUUCUCCGAGGACUAAGUUGAAGGAAUUGGAUAUCAAACCGGUGAAUUGGUCGAUUGGCGAUGAGAAGAUUGAGAUCCAAGAGACUUUGGAGCCUUCUCAGGCUUUUGAUAAGGAAUUGGAGGAGUAUCAGUCUAGUAUGGUGAAGCAGCAGAGCUUGACUUCGCUUAAUGAUGUGUCUGCUGAGCAAGAAUCUACGACCAGAUCUUCGGAAGAUGUUAGCACUAUUGAGUCCGUUAGGGAAGCUAGUAAGAUUGUUGUGGAGUCGGUUAGUGAGAUGGAAGAUGAGGAAUUGGUUGAGGAUAAGUUGGACAUCAGUUGCCAAGAAUUGGUGGCUAGUCUUCAUAGGCAGUAUGAAGAACGGACGCCUACUGAUGAAAUUGGAGUUUCUGAAAGCGAAAAGGAUGUUGUUGAUGAAAAGAAGGUUGAAAUUGAAGAUAAAGUAGAGGUUGCGGAAAAAGUUAAGACAAAAGUGGAAAAAAGCGAACAGGAUGAAAAGGAUAUUGAUACUUUGGAAGAAUCUGAGAAGGAAGGGAAGGAAAGUCAAGCUAAGGCUUUGAAAGAGUCGUUUUCUAGCAAAACAAAGUCUUUGGACGAGCCUCAGAAGCAUUUGGAAAGAACUUUGGAUAAGUUUGCGGGGAUGUCUAUGGACUCCAGUCCGUUUAGACUGAAGAAAGAAGCCAAUGUGGACUUGAGUGCAAGGUAUGCAAUCACUGUUCUAGACCAGGUGGUUAAACGAGAAAUAGAAGAGGUUAAAGAGUCUUUAGAAGCUGCUAAGCAGGAUCUCAUUGAAGAAUUGAGCGAAAACAGCGAGACUAUUGUACAAAUCAAAGAAUCUCCUUCGGAAUUCCAGUUUAAACUUGAACCCGAAUCUAUUCCUAAUGAUCUUCCAUUUUUAUACAAAGCCCCCUCGUUUGAGCAAACUGCUGAGGAUCUGAGUGGCUCUCCGGUCGCUAAACCAAGGAAGCAGGAGGACACUCUAGAUGAUGAAAGCGUUUCUGAGAAACCUUUGAGUGACAAUGACACUUUGAGCGAACUGCCAAGUGACAAGACUAUGGAGGUGAAAAUUCUUGAAGACGACUCCGAGAAGCUACCUGUUGCAGCAAGCAGAUCUGGCUCUGACGCUGAGUACUUCGACGGUUCCAGUUCUUUAUCAGUUCCUCCGCAACCAAUUCCUCGGAAGCGGCAAAAGCCAGCGCGAAUCUCCAGGAAAAUUCAGUCGGAAAGCGAAGGAGGCUCCAGUUCAGGAGAGAGCAGCAAUUAUCAGUCGUGCGAUUAUGAAACAAGCAGCAGACCCAGUUCUUCUGACAUAGAAGUGCUCCACACAGCCUCGGGAUUCUUAUCGGCAACUGCGUCGGAGUAUGAGACAGCAAUGAUGUCCCUUGAAUCUUCCAAGCAGACUUCACAAGACUACCAAAGCGCAGUUUCGACUCUCAGCUCCAGAGAAUCUAUGAAGUCACUAAAUUCGCUCAGUUCCGGGCAUCUAGGGAGCAUUGACAGCACCAGCGAGCUUACGGAGACUCUAGUAGCUUCCGAACCAGAAAUGGACAAGGAUGAAAUCGACGAGAACCUGGAAUUAGCUUUGGAUGAAGACAAAUCUUCUGGGUCGUCGGAAAGCGACAUGCCUCUUGAUGAUACCUUGGACAAUAUCACCGGAGACAUUCCCAGUAAGAUGAAGCGUUCUUCUGAGAUGAUUUUCCAGCAGAUUUCUGAAGAUGCGGAUACAAUUCCUGAAGGAGAAGGCUCCACUGCUGAAGAAGGCCAGUCUACAAAGGUUACUUCUUCAAUUAUGAUCAGCGAAGAUGAUGAUUUGAAGACUUCAACAAUUGACGCGAUUUCCGAGCAGAUAAGUGGGAAGGCUGACGAAGACACUUCUUCUCCGGAGGUCAAGUUGAAGUCAAUAGAAGCCCAGUCUACUGGAGACGACAUUGAUUCCUUGGAGCUUAAAAUGAGCUCGCUCAGCACAAUUGACGAAGUGGAGAACCUUUUGUUGACUAAGAGAUCAGUUCUUCAGCAAGCAAGCAUGUCUACUUCUUCAACUUCUGGAGUGUCUAUUGAAACAGUCGUAGAACGUGAUCGUCAUUCUCCAGACAGUGAUUCUUUUGAAUUAGUAGACAAGCCUGAUAUCAUCGACGACUUUGUUGUGGUAGAAGAAGUCGGCCGUGAAGCAGAAGAAUUUGAUUCUGAAGGAAAGAGCAUUUUGAUAAAACCAAUUCCUGCUGGAAGUAUCAAGAAGUUCGACAGAGAUCUGGAGAAUUUGAUAACGGAGACGAAGCAAGAGGCUCCGGUGAGUCAGGCUUUGUUGAAGAAUGAAUUAUUUGACUUUGAAUCGGAAGAAAGUCCUCCUCAAGCUUCGAAUGAAGAUCAGUCUUCUCAACAAUCAUUUUCUGAUGAUGAGCAGGAAGCGAAAAAGUGGAUGGAGAUGCAGUUUACUGGUGAUCCUAGGGGAUAUGAUCUGGAUUAUGAUCGAGGACCUCUGGAGGAUAUCAAGGAGGAGGAGAUCACGGAUUUUGAAGCUGGAAGCAGCAGAUUUGGAAGCUUGGGGAGUCAUAAAGGGUCUAUUGGGAGCAGCGGGAGUAUGAAAGGGAGUCUAGGGACUGAGUAUGAUAUCCUAGCGGGGAAAAAGAUGUUCUCCAAGUCGAUUGAGCACGACAAUAUUUCGAUGAACUCGCUUCAGGAAUUUGAGUCGCUGGAGAAUACGGUGAUUGGGGAAAAUGGGAAGAGGAUCUAUUGUGGCUCUCAGGAUUCUGUUAACAAUGGAAGUCUACCCAGAAGAUACGUCGCAAGCCGUUCGGGACAUGGUGAUGAUGUUUCCGUGUCUUCGCUGACUGAUUUUGAAGGGUUGGAGAAAGCUUGUCGGGAAGCUCAUAUUAUUGAGCUGAAGGCUAAAGAAGAGGAAGAUCUUCUUGAUCAUGAAAGCCCUGAGAAUAGAUAUAGGUUGGAGAAUUUGCCCAAACCCAAACCAGCGGAUUUAAGUGCGGCUGGAUCUUUUAAUCCUAGCACUUCUGGGUCGGAUGAUUAUGAAAAAAGGAUUAUGGAAAUUGAUGAGAUUAUUAGAAUUGCUCAGGCUAAUGUUGAGAAGUUUGAUAGGCAAGAUGAUACCACUGAAGAUAUUUCGCAAAUUGAUAUUACUGAUGCGGAGAAAAUUGAACCUAUUACGGUUCAAGGUCAAGUUUCGGAGGUUAAAGAUAUUAAUGUUAUGGAAACUAGCACAGAUUCGUUGGAAAUUGAAGAUGAUAAACACAAUAAUUUGAUGUGCAGAAGCUCUGAUUCGUUGGAAUUGAAAACUACUGUUGAUUAUCCUUCCCUUAGUUACUCGGAUUCGCUGAAUAAUGUUAGGGAUUCUCAGGAUCCUUAUGCGGGAGAUCAGUUCAAUAGUUCUAGAAGGAUUUCGUCAGAUUCAUUGGAGGUUCAGAUUUUGGAACAGCCUGAAGAGAGGAAUACAGAGGGCAGCGUGUGUCAAUCUGAGAAUAAGAUUACUAAUAAUGGAAAGACUUAUCCGGCUACUACGCAUGCGUAAAAUGAAUUUAAGGGGUAACGGAAACAAAUAUAUGCAAUAAGUAAUCGAAGUUCAUGAACUAUAAACUUGGGAAGCUUUACAUGUGUGGUGAAUGCUAGCUAAAAAAAAAAAAGAAUAUGUUAAGUAUCUGGUAUUUGUUGGGCUUGUGCAUUUAUCAACAAAUAGGAUUUUAUAAAUAUAUAUAUAAAUAAAUGAAUAAAUAUAUAUAAAUAUAUAUACACAUAGAUAUUUAUAUUCGUUUAUCGCGAUGUUUUAUGACUACGUACGUAAUUUAAUAAACAAAUCAUCUUCAUUGAAGUAAACAGUAACUAGUAAGAAGAAAAAAAUUCCAAAAAAUAAUUUUAAUUGUAGUAAAUCACACAGUAAACCAGCAGCCAUUUAAAGUCAUAUAAACAACAGUAGUUUUUUUAAUAUAUCAAAUUUUAAAUAAAUUUACUCAAUUUUUAUGCAAAAAUUACGCAAGGGUAUCCUUGAUUUUUUUAAGCGCUUGAU